AUGACGCAUGCUUGUACCUAUGAUAACACCGAAUCAGAACCUUCUUGUGUUACUCUUUUUUUUAAAUUACGCGGCCAGAAAAGACGAUCUUCAAGCGUUCUGCCUCUCACAGAAACAACCGCCGGAGCUCCCCAUCUUAACGGAUGUGGGAAGAAGAAGAACCGUAAAAUGGCUGUGGGGCGUCAAAGAGUCCUUAUCAACUACAACCAUCUCAACAGCAACCAGCCCACCUACCAACUACUGAGCAUCAAUUCGAUGGCGGACAGCCCAACGACGCACAGCUCGUAUGACGGCCGGAGGCAGCUGAAGCCAUCACAUCUUCAAUUGCAGCUUAUCGAGAGAGGCGCCCAAGAGCUGGCGGACCUGAUGAAAUUGAAGCAACAGGGUUGGGAUGACGAGCAUCUGGAUAAGCAUUUUGAGCAGCAACGCAAUCAGGCUCAAAACCCAGGACACGAGCUCAAAAUUUCCUGGUACAGGAAAAUGACAGAAAUCAUGAAUGAGAUUGACGGGAAGACAAAUUGCAUUCCUUUUUCUGGGGACUUGCAUUUCUUGGAUCUUGGUUGUAGCCCGGGAGGGUUCUCGGCAUACGUGUUGACGAAAAACUAUCGCGCCAGGGGUUUAGGGAUCUCCCUUGAGGAAGAGAAAGGAGGACAUCGAUACCUUUUGCAGAGCAAGCGGCAUGAGCUUAUCUCCGCCAACUUGACGUACUUCCAGCUGGGCCCCACACCCAUCCUCGAUACCGACAAACUACAGCCCCUGCCAAACUCUUUCGGGUCCGAGAUUUUUGACCUGUGCAUUCUUGAUGCACAUCAGUUAAGAUGGCAAAAGGAUGGUGAGAACUGGGAUGGUUGGCGCCUUGCUAUAUCCCAAAUUAUUCUUGCCUUGAUGGGUAUUAAACGGGGUGGCACUCUCAUCAUGAAACUCUCGCGACCCGACCACCUUUACAGCGCCAGGAUAUUGUGGAUGCUCGACCAGGUAUCGACGGAAUUACAGACAUGCAAACCCCUAACGAUGCACCGUAAACGAGGUUCUUUCUAUGCCGUCGCUCUUGGGGUUGGAUUGGGGAAGGCCGGCCACGAUUUGCCCUCCUUUGUUCAUGCAUUCCAGAAGUUAUGGGUCGAGCUGACAUUCGGUGGUGAGGAUGGGCGUGGUCGGUGGAUGACAGAGGAGGAUCUAGAUUUCUUGAUAUUGGAGGAGGAGCUUGCGCUCUCUUUUGCAGAUAGAUUGAUUCAGCUAGGUCGUCCUGUGUGGUCCAUUCAGGCACAGGCUUUGGCGAAGCUGGUCGACAAUAGUAAACGAAAGAAGGCUUCAAUUUGA